AAGAAGAAGUUGUAUUGUUUUGAUGAUCUGAAGUCGCAUAUCGGCCAGCCGAAAUACCGUUUGUCUGCAGUGAUGAAGACCUCCCAGUCAGCGGAGACGGAAGGCGAUGAGGCCACUUCCUGGGUGUCUGUGUGCCCCAGGGGCUUGUGGGAGCUUCGUCAGAGGAGGAAACGAGGGGCGGAGCCAGCUGACCUGUCUGGAGACGUCUACCCUGGAAUUGGCUCUCUGUGUCGGGUCAGAGUUCAACGCCAAGGAGAACCUACAACUGACCCGGAGCUGUCACUCAAACCUGACCUGCCAAUCACAGUCCUUUCAGAUGCCCAGGUCACGCCCCUACAGCGCUCCCAGAGUACCAUGCUGCAGGUCCCGAUUGGUGAUUGGAUCAUUCUGAGGCUGGGGGAGGGGCAGUGUGACAUCACAGAGGGGUGUGUUGAGGGAAUGAGAGCUGGAGAGAGGUGUGAGGUACUGCUGACCCCACUAACAGACCGACCCGGGGGAGGACAGGAGGAGCAGAAGAGAGUGGAUCCUGACCAGUCCCUGUGUAUAACAGUAGAGCUCCAGUCCUUCUCUCCUGGCCAUGAGUCCUGGCAGCUAUCAGCUGGAGAGAAGUGGGGCUGGGUGAUGUCACACAAGCAGAGGGGGGGGGACAGGUUCAGGGCGGGGGACAUGUGGGGGGCGGCAGACAGCUACAGCCGAGCCCUCAAACUCCUCAUCACCCUAAAACUACACACCCGGGGAGAGGGGGAGGAGAUGACUCCAAUAGAGGAGGAGUCGGAGGAGGAGUCGGAGAAGAAGGAUAGCCUUGAAGCCCCUACAGAUUGUCAAUAUCGUUCCACCAAGGCCUCUCUCUACUCAAACCUGUCCCUGUGUCAGCUGAGACUAGGCCAGUGGUCCCGGGCCAGGGGUUGUGCCUCCAGGUCCACACUGCUGGAGCCCCAGGGCCUGAAGGCCUGGUACCGCCUUGGGCAGGCCUGCCUGGAAGCAGGGGAGCUGGAGGAGGCAGACAGGGCCUUCAGGAAACUACUGGAGCUUCAGAAUGACUCUCCCUCCGCCCUGAGAGGACUGAGAGAGGUGGGGAGGAGGGAGCGAGAGACUGAUAGCAGACUGGGACAGAGACUCGGCAAGAUGUUCAGCUGAAGGGGGAGAGAGGACUGAUAGCAGACUGGGACAGAGACUCAGCAAGAUGUUCAGCUGAAGGGGGAGAGAGGACUGAUAGCAGACUGGGACAGAGACUCAGCAAGAUGUUCAGCUGAAGAGGGAGAGCGAGAGAGGACUGAUAGCCGACAGGGACAGAGUCAAAUGUUCAGGGGAUGGAGGUAGAAAGGAGAGGGUGACAAUUAGCAGACUAUUAGUCUUAGGCUGCGUUUACAUAAGUAGCCCAAUUCUGAUAAUUUUUCCACUAUUGGUCUUUUGACCAAUCACAAAUAAAAUAAAGUUCCGAACUGGGCUGCCUGUGUAAAUGCAGCCUUUGCGGAUGAUAAUAUAAUAAUAAUAAUAAUAUGCCAUUUAGCAGAUAUGGGCCCUGGGUGUGCAGUAUAGGAUGUAAUGUAGUGGAGCUGUUCUAGAAGUGUGGUAUAGAAAUGAGCUGUAAUGGAUGGGUAGGACGGCGCUUCCCAAACUCUGUCCUGGGGACCCCAAGAGCCGCACAUUUAGGUUUUUGCCCUAGCACUACAUGACUGAUUCAAAUAAUCAAAGCUUGACGAUGAGUUGGUUAUUUGAAUCAGCUGUGUAGUGUUACGGCACCCCUUGGGUCUCCAGGACUACGUUAGAAACGCUGGGGAGGUUUAGGGAUGCAAAGGGAAGGUAUAUUACUGGAAACUUUCAAAGUUUACCAUUAAACUAUCAGAAUUUUGGUAACAGAGGUUUUGGGGAAUUUUAACAGAUGACAUCUAGUGAUCUUUUUGGGUACUUCAGAUUAUUUCUGGCCCUCUGUGGCUGCAUUUAGUCACAUCAGACUUUUGACCAAUCAGAUAUUUUCACAAUAGAUCUUUUUCAGAGCUGAUCUGCUUAGUGGAAAAAGACCAGAACUGGGCUGCCUGUGUAAACGCAGCCUGUAAGACCUUAACACAUGAUCUCCUCUAACCCAUAACCUGCAUGGCUGGAUAGAGAAAUCAUAGGCCCCUGGGCUUUAGGAACAGUUAUUAGCAGGUUCCCCCAUGGCUGGAUAGAGAAAUCAUAGGCCCCUGGGCUUUAGGAACAGUUAUUAGCAGGUUCCCCCAUGGCUGGAUAGAGAAAUCAUAGGCCCCUGGGCUUUAGGAACAGUUAUUAGCAGGUUCCCCCAUGGCUGGAUAGAGAAAUCAUAGGCCCCUGGGCUUUAGGAACAGUUAUUAGCAGGUUCCCCCAUGGCUGGAUAGAGAAAUCAUAGGCCCCUGGGCUUUAGGAACCGUUAUUAGCAGGUUCCCCCAUGGCUGGAUAGAGAAAUCAUAGGCCCCUGGGCUUUAGGAACCGUUAUUAGCAGGUUCCCCCAUGGCUGGAUAGAGAAAUCAUAGGCCCCUGGGCUUUAGGAACAGUUAUUAGCAGGUUCCCCCAUGGCUGGAUAGAGAAAUCAUAGGCCCCUGGGCUUUAGGAACAGUUAUUAGCAGGUUCCCCCAUGGCUGGAUAGAGAAAUCAUAGGCCCCUGGGCUUUAGGAACAGUUAUUAGCAGGUUCCCCCAUGGCUGGAUAGAGAAAUCAUAGGCCCCUGGGCUUUAGGAACAGUUAUUAGCAGGUUCCCC